AUGCCGCCACUCGAGAAUAUAAUUUGGGAAGCCAAGCUCAAACCAGGUACUCUAAGGGACACCCGCCGACCUUCGACCACCGUCGACGAGAGUGGAUGCAUUAUCACUCGAGGUUUCCUCAUCCCCAGCCGAUCGUCGUCUAUAGACUCUCUGGCGAGGUCCUCGACAUCUUCUUUGGAGACAGUCGGAACUCCUGCAUCGCCUGUGGAUGAAGCCCCGCCCGGCUUUCUAAAGCCAACAGGUGGUCUGAGCGAUGCACCCGAGUUGCAAGCGCUCCAGAGUCGCUCACCCGAGGCACUAUGCCGUCCUUCCAAGAGCGACGGGAAUUUGACAACCUACGCUGGACGGCCACAGCUCGGCGAGCGUCGACGGACAUGGCAGAUUGACAGCGUUGCGAGCAGCGCGAGCCGCUUGAGGCGCGGGUCCAGCAGCAGGUGGCACGACGAUGAACUUGCAGAAGUGUCAUGCCAGCCAACUCCGCCAGAAGGAUACCGUGCUGGGCUAGGGAUACUCGCUCAAUCGCGUGCCCGUUUCGUCGCCACGAAGCAGACCAAGGGUCAUAUCAAGCGUGUGAAAAGUGCUCAUGUCAAGCUCAACCAGCUCAACUUUCAGGAUGUCAAGUCCAAGCAACGACAGAAGAAGACUCCGGCGGCCAACAACAAGGGUCCAACAAUGGAGCAGGCCUCUACCAGUGAUGCAGCAAUUGCCUCAGACAGUGAAGACGACUUCUUGAGCGACGGAGAGGAGCAUGCUUCGAACAUAGUCUGUGCACGUCCCAACUACGCCGAGCGCCGAGCCAGAGCUGAUAACAACGCACCAUCGCGGGCAUACCAGUCUCUCGCACAACAUGAGGAGAUCUUCCAACCAAACAUCCUCACGCACAGUCCAUCAGAGAAUGCCAUCGAGUCUGACGACGAAGACGACAAUAUUGCCGCCUGCAAAUCAGACAGGAAGAUCAGCACCCGCCUGAGUCUUGCGCAGAUUCACUGCGCACAGAACGCCGUUGCCGCCAAAUGGACCCCCGAACAACUUCCUAAGCGCCGCAAAUCACCUCUGAGUGUGUCGAUCGCGCCUACAGCAUUGACCGAGCUCACCGCGGCAGGAGGAUCGCCGGGACAUGGAAGCACACCUGCGGAGGUCACAAGAUUUGAGCCGGACGGCUUCGUGGCGAACCGUGAGCUGCGGCCAUCUCGAACACAGCCACGACCGGCAAAGGGAGUGCUGAAGAACAAACAAACGACAGAGACAUGA